AUGGUCAUCGGGCACUUCCGAUGCCCCGCGCGUGCUCCAUACCAGGGACCUCGGUCGGGCAGAAGCAGUCGGCCUGAUUUGUCCCUGCUGGGCAUCGGCAGUAGCAGCCAUGAUCGUGACGUGGCGACCCUCGAGCAUCGACGAGAAACCAAACAGGAACGUGAAGCACGUCGUUUAGAGAAGGAGCGCGUGGCUCGGGUCAAAGAAAGGGAAUGCAGCAUGCGAGACGAGCAUGUCGAUGGCGGAUAUCUAGUCACACAAGGUGUCUACGUGGGAACCGAGGACUUCAAUAAGGCAGUGGUUCGACAGUUGAUGAUCGAGCGCCGACUCGCGCCUUUCUGGAGAGGCUUGAAUGACUUCUCCGAAUCAUGGGCCGAGCAUCAGCUAAUGGCCGCAGCUCGGGGGAUGACUAUACCUCCAGCGGAUGAAAUUCCGCCCGAGCUAGAAUAUACACCUCCCAAGGCCACCGAGAGGAAAGAACCGGUUGAUAUGGCUAGCAUCCAACAUCUCACCGUUCCCAUCACAUCCCGCUCGCAGUCCGACAAUUCCGAUAUAUCCCAAGCUUCGAAUCCCGCCCAAUCGCUACCGUCGGCGCUUCCACGAGACCCUUUCGUCAAUGGCCAACCAAUCGAAGUCAACUUAUACAAGGACGCAAGCGAAUGUCCGAUCUGCUUUUUGUAUUACCCACCUUAUCUAAACCGCACCCGAUGCUGCGACCAACCUAUCUGUUCCGAAUGUUUCGUCCAAAUUAAGCGGCCGGACCCCCAUACCCCGGAGCACGGAGAGCCUGGCUCGAACGCUCCCGAAGCAGCGAAUGGCGGCGAACGACCCGAGCAAGAAGAAAGCCAACUUGUCUCUGAACCCUCUGCCUGCCCCUUCUGUGUCCAGCCAGAAUUUGGAGUUACCUACGCUUCGCCUACAUUCCGGCGAGGUCUGACCUACGCAGCUGACGCCAGUGCCCGCCCAUCUCCCAAUAUCACCUCUCCAGUAUCCUCCACCUCCUCUCUCGCCUCUGCGACUCUUGCUCCAAUACCUGGCCGCCGCCGUGCGACUUCACUAUCCGCUACGGAUCCCACUGUAGUUACAACAGAUAGAAUUCGUCCAGAUUGGGCCCAGAAGUUGGCCAAUGCUCGAGCACAUGCCGCACGUCGUUCGGCGGCUGCAACCGCCCUUCAUACUGCAGCCUAUUUGAUGAAUUCUGGCUCUGGCAGCGACUCCCGUGGCAUUGGUCUAGGACGAAGGGGUCUUCGAAGAGCUACCCACGGGGACUCCGGCCGGUCCGGAUCCCCCGCUCUCAAUGCGCUGGCGUUUUUGACUGAGCGACAAGACCGAACACCUAGAGCUCCCGCCCCGGCCCCGGGCACCGCCCCCGAUACCGAUUCCGCCGAGGAAGGGGCAGGGCAGGGGCAGGAAAUAUUGCGCCCCCUCGCAAUUCGGCUGAGUCUAGCCAGUGAAGAAGACCGACGAAGAAGGGAUGAGAAGGAGGUGAGGAAGGAGGCCAAAAGGAGGGAGAAGGAGGCCAAGAAGGCUGAUAAGGUGGCUCGCAAGGCCGGCUUAUACAGUAAUAAUACUAGCACCAAUGCCAGUAGCGCGGCAUUACAAGUCCCCGGAGCUGGAGAGACUUUCUUUGGAAAAGUUGCCAGCAGCUCCUCGUCCAUUGGAGAAGAGCCAUCAACAUCCACGGCCACGACGGGCAAGGGCAAAGGCGUGGAAAGGGGACCUAACUCUGCAGUUGGCGAGCAAGAUGGAACAGCCCCUUCGAACAAUUUAUUAAGCGCAGGCGAACCAUCUAAACAGUCUCAGCUCCGACACGUUUCGAGCGCAGCUUCCUCAGCCUCCUCUCUCAUGGAACAUACUCCAGAAGAACUGACUCCUGGCCACGGCACUGCUGACGGUAGCAACACGUCUUUGGAGCCUAUGUUCAACUUCCGCAGUCUCGCCGCUGUCAUCGGCGACGAGGAGAAGGGUAAUGAAUCCGAGCAUGUGGAAGAUACUUCUCGCCAUCGUGGAGAGGGAGAGGGAGAGGGUUCUUCGAGUGCGAAUCCCUCGUUACACCAACCCUCAUCUGAUACCGGAAAUGUCGAGCCGAUAGAACCGACGGCUGUUUCGGAUCCUCAAGUCGAAGAUACCGAAAAGGAGGCCUCGAAGGAUAUUUCACCCAAGGAGUUGGAGACCCGCUCGGUUGAAAUUACAAAUACCGCCACGAACACAGAGACUACUUCAUAA